AUGGCGUCCGACGACCUGCCCGCGCGCGUCGUCGACGAGCUCACCAAGCUCGACCCGGCCGUGCCUUUUCGCGCGUCCAAAACCCACGUCCACCACACCUGGGCCCGCACCUUCCACUCCUAUCCCGAGCUCUACAUCCGCCCGCAGUCGCUCGCCGAGAUCCAGAAGGCCGUCGUGCUCGCCCGCCGAUGCCGCCGCCGCAUCACCCUGGUUGGCUGCGGCCACUCGCCCAGCGAUCUGACAUGCACCUCGGCCUGGAUGAUGAACCUGGACCGGUUCAACAAGAUUGAGCGCAUCGACCGUGGGACGGGCAUCGUGCAUGUCCAGGCCGGCAUCCGCCUGUACCAGCUGAACGAAGCCGCCCUGGAGCACGGCCUCACCAUGCCGAACCUGGGCAGCAUCAACCAGCAAUCCAUCGUCGGCGCCAUGGCCACUGGCACCCACGGCAGCAGCCUUCAGCACGGCCUGCUGUCCGGCGCGGUGCGCAGCCUCCGCAUGGUCCUGGCGAACGGCUCCGUGGUCUUGUGCUCCGCUGAGCAGAACGUCGACCUUUUCCGGGCUGCGCUAGUAUCGCUUGGCGCGCUGGGCAUCAUCGUCGAGGUCGAGUAUCAGAUGGUACCACAGGCCAAGAUCGAAUGGGAACAGACCUUGAAGCCGCUCAGCUACGUGCUGGCAAAGUGGGACCAGGACCUAUGGACACGGAAGGAGUUCACGCGGGUUUGGUGGUGUCCGUACAUGAAGCGCGCCAUCAUCUGGUCUGCCGAAAAGACGGACAAGCCGUUGCGGUCUGCCGUGUCGAGCUGGUACGGCGGCUCGGUGGGCUUCCACACCUACCACAUCCUGCUGUGGAUUGCCAACUACAUCCCGCCCAUCCUCCCCGCCAUCGAGUGGUUCGUCUUCGGCAUGCAGUACGGCUUCAGCCACGACACGACCACUUCGGCCGUCGAGCCCAUGCACACCGGCCUGCUCAUGAACUGUCUCUACUCGCAAUUCGUCAACGAAUGGGCGCUGCCGCUGCACAAGGGCCCCGAGGCCAUCACGCGCCUGUCGGCGUGGAUCCACGGCGACGAGCAGACGGCCCGCAUCCCCUUCUCCCCGCGCGGCGUCUGGGUGCACUGCCCGAUCGAAGUGCGCGUCGCCGACACCUCGCGGCGGCGGCAGCAGCAGCAGCAACAGCAGCAACAGCCGCGCCCCUUCCUCGACCCCAGCUACGCCGACGGCCCGACGCUCUACCUCAACGCCACCCUCUACCGGCCCUACCACGCCGACCCGCCGUGCCACGCCCGCUACUACGAAGCCUUCGAGUGGCUGAUGCGCGACCUCGGCGCGCGCCCGCACUGGGCCAAGAACUUCGACGCCGUCGACCACGCCCUCCUCUCGCGCCUCUACGGCCCCGACCUCGACGCCUUCCUCGCCGUCCGCCGCCGCGUCGACCCGGACGGCAUGUUCGUCGGCGCCUGGCACCGCCGCGUCCUGCUGCCCCCGCUCACACCCGCGCCCGCGCCCGCGCCCGCCGCCGAGGGGCAGGCGGGCACCCACCCCCACGCCCACCAGCCGCGCAUGGCCCUCGAGGAGCGCGAGGUCGCGCGCCGCCCGCGCCGCGCCGGCGGCGUCGACUGGAUCGGCGAGCAGGCCGCGCCCGUGUGGGGCCGCAGCCCGCGCGGCAGCUUCGGCAGCUCGUCCGCCGCCGAGAGCGUCGAGAGCUUCGACGUGCUGCACACCGCCGAGGCCGAGGCGAGCCAGCUGCUCGAGGCCGCCGUCGAGGACGCCAACGACGAGCCCGUGGGCGUGCAGCAGUUUCACGGGAGCGCCGUGGCCGGCUUCACGGGGACGCGGGUGUUUGACAAGAUGUAG